AUGGAGCAUGACUCAGUCGAACGUCAACCAUCUAACGCUGAUGCAAUGUCCAACCAACAGCGCAAGAGUGUUGCCAACAAAGGCUUAACUGGCGCUUCGGCCCUGACAGUCAGACAAUCCAUAUUCCCUAUCACACUGGUCACCGUUCUCUUUUUCCUCUGGGGGUUUGCGUAUGGUCUCCUGGAUGUGCUGAACGCCAAGUUUCAAACAUCCCUCAACAUCACGGCGGCAAAGGCAGGUGGCCUUCAAGGAUCGUACUUUGGCGCGUACUUCAUCGGACCUCUGACAUAUUCUGGCUGGAUCGUCCGCAGAUUUGGCUAUCGCUGGACCUUCAUCACCGGUCUGUGCAUCUAUGGCGUCGGUGCCCUGAUGUUUUGGCCCUCGGCAGUCUACAAAUCCUUUGGCGGCUUCUGCGGUUCUCUGUUCAUCGUAGGAUCUGGUCUGUCUACCCUGGAGACAUCUGCCAACCCAUUCAUCGCCACUUGCGGUCCUCCCAGAUUGUCCGAGUUCCGUCUUGAGCUCUCACAGUCUUUCCAGGCUGUCGGGUCGGUGGUGGCCCCUCUCCUCGCUUCUCGCGUCUUCUUCAAGAACACACAGUCUACCGACCUCUCCCACGUCCAGUGGACUUAUGUCGGUAUCGCCGCCUUCGUCUUCUGCCUUGCGGUCGUCUUCUUCUUCAGCCCUCUUCCGGAAGUCACCGAUGCCGACAUGGCUCUUCAGGCGGAGCAAUGCUCUGACCUGACUGGAUAUCAGGAGAAGCCACUCUCGAAACAAUACAAGCUGUUCUUUGGGGUCGCUGCACAAUUCACAUACGUUGGUGCCCAGGUCGCAGUUGCCUCCCAGUUCAUCAAGUAUGCGCAGGAAUCGGCAGGGCUCUCGGCCGCUGCCGCUUCUGACCGAUAUGCCAUCGGUCAAGCACUGUUUGCGAUCGGGCGAUUUGCUGCAGCCGGAUUGUUCAUGUUCGUCAAGCCUCGUCUGGUUCUCAUGCUGUUCAUGACCAUGAUAAUGGUCUUCAUUGCACUGGCGAUUGGCAUCUCGGGAGAAGCGGGUGUCGCUUUCCUCUCCCUAGUGCUCUUCUUUGAGUCUUGCAUCUUCCCGACCAUCUUUACUCUCUCCAUCCGUGGCUUGGGUCGACACACCAAGAGAGGGUCCUCCUGGAUCGUGGCCAGUGUCUCGGGAGGUGCCUUGUUUCCUGCACUUACCGGUCUCGCGGCCGACCACAUGACGUAUCACAAGGCCAUGGUCGUUCCCUUGGCCGGGUUCUUUGUCAGCUUCGUCUUCCCCAUCUACUUGAACACAAUCUGCAAGAAAGAGUUGGAUGGUUUCCGUGAGACCAAGAUCGGCUACGUGGAUGAGAGACGGGGAACCAUCAUUGGAGAUGUCAACGAUAUCGAGACAUUCGAGGCUAUGGAGAAAAGACGGUCGGUCAAUGUUGAGAAGGUGUGA